AUGCACGUGGGCGGCACCGCGACGCACAUCACGACGUCAGCGUGGUACGGUGACACAACCGCGCCGUGGACCGCGCGGACGACGCGGACGGCCGACGCCAACGUCGUGACAGAGAAGUCGGACGGCGCGGUGCACGUGACGACGAGACACUACUCAGAGGGCGACUUGACGCAGAUCCGGCUCGGCUACAAGGACGCGUUUCGGCUUUCGUUGUUGGCGGUGAUCACCUACUACCGCGUGACCUCGAUCUACUAUCCGAUCGCGCUCGUGUACUGGCGGCAGCGCCAGCCGCUCUUCCGCUGGCUGCGGCAGCGUCACACGGGCUUGGUGCUGCACAAGCGCGAGCGACACAACUUGUUCAUUUUGCUCUUGCUCUCGGCCGAGGCCGUCGCGAGCACCGAGGACGUGGUCAUGUACUGUCAGCAAGUCAUCUACUCGGGUCCGUCGCUCUUUUUACUCGCGCUCAAGUACAUGUCGAUCACGCGCAUCAUCUGGCCUUGUGCCUUCCUCCUCCUCCUCGCGUCUCGGGCCAUUCAGAUCUUAUUCGGGCGACAGUACGCAUUUGCAAUGACCGAAGACCUCUUCUUCCUCGGCGCACCGGUUGUGUGGCUCUACAUUCCCGUGCAGGUCACGAGCCAGGGCAUGAGUCUCUUCCAGGGCUACCGCUGGACCGGCGCGAUCGUCCACCACUACGCCAACUCGGUUCUGAACGUUUAUGCCAAGCAGCUCACGAGCUUGACGCUCUACCUGCAACUCUUUGGCUACUUUACGAUUCUAUCGCCGUUUACGACGAUCCUCAUCGACACUGUGUGGCGCAAGGCCACCAACAGCAGCAGCAUCUUUGUGUUUGUACUCUCGCCGCUCAAGCACGGCUUGUCCAAGCGCGUGCUCGACAUUGCAACCGCCGAGCCACGCGUGCACACGAUUCUGAUGCUCUCGACGCGCCGGACGCCCCAGGACAUUGCGUUGCAGAUGACGCGCGCCAAGCUACCACCGCGCCGGCUUUGCGAGUCGCUCAACCUCGCGGCCGAGGGAUUUGUGUGCCUCAUCUACGGCAACAUUCACGUCAUGGGCAUGACCGAGUGGGGCAUCUCGUCGCCCAUCGUCAAUGAGCUCGGACACGUGGCGGUCAUUGGUAGCGGGAACCGUGUCGCGUUUGACGCCGCCGUGUCGAUCGAGUCGUUGGCGCGAAUCACGUCACGGCCGGCCUGUCUUGGCAUCCCAGAUGUGUACUAA